AAAAACGCGUGGGACGCCCGGUUGGCAGUCGUACUCGCACAGCAUUAGCGGCAACAGGCAGAAGCAGCACCAGCAGACAUGAAGGUCACACUAGCGAUAGCAGCGGCGGUCUUGUUCGUCGUCAUGGCAACCACAGUGGACGCCGCAUCGGAGUGUACUCCAGGUGACACGAAGAAGGAAGACUGCAACACUUGCAGGUGCACUCCAACAGGCGUCUGGGUCUGCACGCGCAAAGGGUGUGUUACGAAGAGAGAGGUGAACUGCACUCCUGGAACGACCUUCAAGGAUAAGUGUAACACCUGCCGCUGCGGUCCCAACGGUAGAAGUUCCACCUGCACCUUGAUGGCCUGUCCUCCUGGCUCGCAUUAACCAGAGGUUUGCGGCCUGUAGCGUAAGUUGGUAUGAGAUCACUUCGGUUGCAAAGAUGUCUGAGCCAGUGUGUCGCCUUUCCAAUGGUCGCUUACGCUCAACUUCUGAGAGGCGAGCGUCGUUGCUGCUACCAGCUUCACUCUCCACUGAAUCGGCAGAUCUUCACACCCUGCGCCUUGUUCACCGCAAGCACGCCAGGUGGUAAAGGUUGGCGUCGGAUCGCAAGACUAGUUAAUGAAGUUUGAGGCGAACUGGACAAAAUAAAUAAAGAAAGAAACUGAAAAAUAAAUAAAUUUUUCAGCGCGACCAUCCUCAGUCCCAAACAUCCCACUGCUCCUCUCCGAAAUCACGUUACCUGGUACAGAACAGGACACGUAUGACGUUACUGGCAUUACUGACACGUUUCCGUGGUUGACUGGGACAGUGGAUAGGUGUACAACCAAGGUUCUGAGAUUUACUUUCAAAUACAUAUUUUUAUUGUAUGUAAUAUAUGUAAUCUCCAUCCAAAAUCAUCUCAAGCGUUUUUCAUAUCAGUAACAUUAGCACAAGUGUCACAUU